UCUCUACAAUAUGCUAUGAUCCUGCCGGGAAAACCAGAUACCUUGCGAUCUGCCAGGCGUAUGGCGUGGUUCCUAUCUCUUAUUUUUUACGGCAUAUGAAAGAUUCUGAGCUGGCUCUGAUGCAUCGUGGCCUUGGCCCUAAGGCAGCCAAAGCUCUCGCUCUUUCCCUGACCAGCAACACCUCCAUUGUGAAGCUGAACCUGAGCGACAACGGGCUGGAUGGAGACGGCGCAGUGGCGAUGGCAGAGAUGUUAAAGGAGAACUGCUACAUUUCAGAACUUGAUUUAUCAGAGAAUAAAGUCGGAGUGAAAGGGACAGAAGCUCUGUCUACAGUGCUUCAGGAAAAUCCAAUUCUGGUGUCCUUGAAACUUUCAGGAAAUGAAUUAAACGACAGGGCAGCCAAAUACCUGGCAGACGCUUUAGUGACCAAUCAGAAAGUGGAGCACCUUGAUCUGAGUCAUAACAGGCUCGGAGAGCCAGCAGGAGAAGCCCUCGGGAUGGCCAUGGCGGAAAAUGUGGGCCUGAAGCAACUCAACCUCAGCUGGAACAACUUUCGGGGCCAAGGAGCAGCGGCUGUUGCCAAAGGCUUGGGGGCGAAUAUAUUCCUUCGAGUCCUUGAUCUGUCAUACAAUGGCUUUGGCAACAGUGGUGCAGCUGCUCUGGGGGCAGCCCUGAAAAGCAACAAUGUACUGGAAGAACUCAACAUCAGUAAUAACCGCAUCGCCUUGGAAGGAGCCCUCGCGCUUGCUUCGGGCCUGAAAGGAAACAAGAAUCUGAGGAGACUCAAGAUGUCCAGGAACCCCAUCCAGAAUGAAGGCUGCCUUGGCAUCCUCAAAGCCAUCCGAGCAAAUCCUGGAGCUGCGAUGGAGUUUCUGGAUUUUUCAGCGAUUGUGGUGAAGAAGGACUUUGUCCGAGCCUGUGAGGCUGUCCAGGCACUUUUCCCGAGCCUUCUGAUUCAGCACGAUGGAAUCACUCGCUUGUUCAGAAGAGAAUUUCCAAAGGUGCAGCACGUUUCCUAA